UGUGUCUAAUUCACAGAAGAGAGGGAGUCAGAUUAGAGCCGCAUAGUUCUUCAAAACACAUUUUUACAUGAAUGUGUAUGUUUUAGUGGUAAAAACUGAAAAUGAGCACUUUUGGCAUUAGAACCGCCUUGGAUGUAGAGACGUGUGAAAUAUAGAUGACAAAAUAAGUUUCUUGGCCAGGUUUCUGUCACCAUGCACGUUGUUGACAUAUCAUCCAAGGAGGAGGAAAGGAACAUAUCUGAUCACACAUACAUGGUAAACAGAGCGAGAAAAAGAAAAUUAAAACAGAAAGUGCUGCUGUUCGGAGAAGGAAGCACAUGUCAGCGUCCGUCCAGAAAAGAUUCAGAGCGAGCCAGGAGGGAGGAGCGGAGAGAGAGGGAGACAGCUGCGACUCGAAGUCAACCACAGACCUGAGAUCAGCGGCAUUCCCCUCCUCACUGCCCGCUGAAGGAGAAGCGACUUGGAGCUCUUUUUAGUGAAAACGCGACAGGGGUUUCAUAUAGACUCAAGUACUACCAUGGAGUUCUUCAAAAACUGCUGCAAGAACCUCUCUCAGCGGAGCAAGGAACAGGAGACCCAAGUAAUCACACUGAAGGUUCUUCCCAAUGAUAUGCUGGUCACAGGAGAACUUCUGAAUGAAAGGAAUAAGAGCAAGGUAACAGAAGAUUACCUUGUUUCCAAGCACCCUCCAGGCGGCAGAGAGGUCCCAUUUGUUGUGCCCACCAUCAAGACAUCUUACGUUCAACCCCGAGAUCGCCAGUGCUCCAGUCUACAGCCUGGGCUGCACAGCUCAGCCAGGUCCACUUAUGCAGAGAGGAAAGCAGAGCUGCUGGGCACCAGUUUCUUUCCGUACAACUCUGAGUCCAUCUUCCAUCAGGGCAGCAUGUCGGCGUAUAUCUCCCCCGGCUCGGCCCGACGAGACACACUAAGGAACAGCCCUCAAAGCACAGGUUGGCCUCUAAAACCGGGUAACCAGCAGCAUCUGAGCAGCUCCAUGCUUGAUCUGACCAGCCCUCAGGGUCACAUGCAGCAGCGAAUUGACUCCACAUCCAGCACCGUCAGCAGCACCUCCUCUAUGAUGGGUUCCAUGGAAAGUAGCCUGGAAUCUAUUGCUUUGUCGGGGGACGAGCAGGAACUGGGGAAGGUCUGUGUCCGGCUAAGAUAUCAGCAAGAUAUGGAGCAGGUGUGGAUCACUCUGGUUCAGUGUUCAGACCUCAGCGUCCAUCCAGAUGAAGAACAGAAGAUUGGCUUCAAAGCGAUCAUCACUGUCCCCAAACCCAUACAAUUUAAGAGCUCACUCAAAGAGUAUCAUCAGGAUGUCACCUUCAUGGAGACCUUUGUGUUUGCACUGAGUCUGCAGCAGCUGCAGUGUAGCGCCUUGGUGCUGAGGCUGCAGACACACAACCCCAGGAAACGUACUGUGGCGGAGUGUGUCCUCUCCCUGCGCCAGCUUGGUUCUGAGGAAUCAGAGCACUGGCUUGACCUCAAACAGCCCCCCAAAUCCUCGGUGUGUCACUCUGAGCUGCAUCUUAGUACCCUCUUUCAGCCAGUCAGUGGACGCAUCCAGGUUAAGGUCCUUGCAGCCCAAAACCUCCCACCGUCAGCCUCUCCUCUCUCCCGGGUAUUUUUUGUCAAAGCUGAGAUGCACCAGUUGGGACAUGUGGCCAUUGAGAAGAAGACGCGAGCACUAAGACCAUCAGGCGGACAGUGUCGGUGGGAGGAGACGUUUCACUUCCAGUUGGCGUCCCUGGAGCACGCCUGCUCAAUGUCGCUUAGGCUCUACAGCCGCAGCUCGGUCAGGAGGAAACAGUGUCUUGGACAGGUUCAGCUGGGCUUUGACAGCCCUCUCCCAGAAGCCGUAGAGCAGUGGAAAGACACGAUGGCUCACCCAGAGAAAGAGGUGACAGCAUGGCAUCGGCUGAGUCCUCCCUAAACCUGUUGCCACCUUCAAUUUAAAAACAGCAGACGUCACACUCCCAGCUUUAGCUGGUUACUUUUCCAGUCUGCCAGCCGCACUCCUGUGCACAGAGUCGACGUUUCCAGACCAGACUGUACACUGCAGAACAUGCUGUUAACAAUCUAGAAGAGGGUCAAGAUGUAUAGUAAUACUAUGUAAAUAAAGGUUUUGCACAGUGUAGGCACCGAAAAAAAGGACAGACGUUUCUGGAAGAAAAUCCUCAAGCAUUUAUUAUAUGAUGUUACUAGGUCACUUCACUGCUUCUAGUGAAAACUUUUUCACUGUUUAGUUAGAUCUAUGUUUACAAGUGGGGAAACUCUUCAAUUUUUAUUAUCUAUUAGAUUUGGCUGAUGAAGAUCUGCAAUUUUGCUGUUGCGUGACGUGAUUCUGUUAUAUUAUUUUUAUAUUUAGAACAAUGUUUACAUGCUUUGGACAGUGUUCUCAUUUUAGAAAAUCGGGAAGGAGUUCUUUUGGGUGAGCCAAACCAAUUAAAGCUCAGACCAUGAAAAGAUAGUGACAUUUACAGUGCUUUACAAAGGAUUCACACCUUUUAAACUCACCCAUAUUUUGUCCGAGGCAACUACAAACUUGAAUGUAUUUUAAGGAGCUAUUAUGUGGUAGACUAACACAAAGUUGCUAGUGUUUGUGAAGUAGAAGGAACAUUAAACCUGUUUUUCAAUAAAAAUAUGAAAAGUGUGGCUUGAAGUCCCCCUGAGUCAAGUCUUCAGGGUUAUGUCUCUAACAGUUUUACGCAUCUAGAGACUAAAACUUUUGCCCAUUUUUCUUUCCAAAGCAGCUCAAGAACACUGAGAUUGUAUUAUUUUUCCGUUUUUGCCUCAAAUUCUUAAUUGGAUUUAGGUCUGGCCUUUCACUGUACCAUUCUAGCACACAAUUAGGAUUUUACAUAAACCUAAUAAUUGGCGCUCUGGCUGUAUAUUUAGGUGAAUCUCCACCCCAGUCUCCCAUCGUACAGGUUUGUUUCCAGGAUUUAUUCUGACCAGCUUUGCAUUUCCUGCUUAAGCAUCCCCACAACAUGAUGUCUGGUGCAUAGAGGGUGAUGUGCAGUGAUUAUUUUCUGCCACUAUGUUGGUUGCAUGCGAUUUUAUUUAGUAAAGUGGGCUGAAUACUAUUGCAUGCCACACUUUUCAGAUAAUCAUUUGUGCACUUUUUCAAAAGCAAUUAUUCUUUUUUUUUUCACUUCAAAAUUAUACACUAAAUCAUAUGGCUCUACCAUGUAAAAUCCCAAUAAAAUGCAUUGAAGUUUAUGGCUGUAAAGUGACAAAAUAUGAAACUUUGAAGGGGUAUAAAAACUCCUACAAGGCAGUGUACAUCUCUGUUUUUCUUGCCUGUCAGUGACAUUUUCGAGCUCUACAUGUUUGGAGCCCACUUUUUAAGGCAGGUCAGACAACAACUCUAUUUCUGAUGCUACCUUAUGGGGUGUUAUGUUUGGAUGUGUUAUUUUUCUUGUAAGGCACUUUAUGUUUAGUCUUGUAUUUAAUAUAGUUAUUUUUUAAAUGUUGUGAAAGUAGGUUUUGUUUAGAAUUUUAAGUGUAAUCAUUGAAACAGCUUAUCUGGUUGACUAAAAAUGUGGUCUAAAGAAAAAUGAAAUAUUGGGUUGUUCAUUAUUUGAAAAAUGAUGAGUGGACAAACAACUUCGCUUUUCUUUAAGAUGCCGUUUAGUUCAAACUUUGGUCUCUGUAUCUCAUGAGUGAAUUCAGAGAACAUUUGUUCCUUGUAGAAGAAGUCUCAUGCAACACUGUUUGUCAUCUGAAGCGGGAAUGUCCACAGUUCAAUCCAAUAAAGCUUUGGACUGA